AUGCACCCGAUUCUGAAUGUCGUCGUCGUCAGUUUUCAUCACAAACGGGGAUGUGAGGUAGGAGAUAUCGAUCGAGGAAACGGGGGAAUCAGAAAUGUUUUGAAAGGGAAGAAAAACAUCAUUUCAUAACUGUUUUGUACAAAAUAGCACACUUUCCCUCAAAAUAGUGGAUUUCAACAUGACAGGUCCCUUUGUAGGUAGAAUAUUCUCAUCCGAAGUUGGACGGCGCCGGAGAGGCGGGUCUUCCCGACGAAUGGCAUCUUCUGCCGUCGCUAGCACUUCCGGAUGGAGUGCACAAUUGCCAGAAAGACACGAUAUUCUUUCUGCUGCCUUCGCGGGAAGAGCCCGGAAAGUGUGUAUUCGGCAUCUCCUGCUACCGCCAAAUUGAUGCAAAUGUAAGGAAAUAGAAUAAACCUUCUGAAUACCUACUUCUAUGUAUAACUCUGUAGGAACUGAUUGCGAAGCCCGACGACGUAACCCGUGCCAGUGUUCAAAAAGCCGUCUGCGUCAUCUCCCGGAUACCCCUCUUCGGGCCAUUGAAGGCCAAAUUGGAAGUGAUAACGCAGGCGUACUUUGAGCAGAAAGACUUUUCCAAAGUCGAAGUUCUGGCUCAAAUGUACACAAAUUUGUGUGAUAUUUUCGAUGAAAACCUGACCGGAGAGUACUUUUCGAAUCUGGCGCAUCACGGUUUGAACGCCAUCUCCAAAUAUCUCAACUUCCAUCUGAAGUUUCAGAAAUCUCUAUCCAAGAGCUGUUCAUCCGAUUUCGGCAUCGUGCUCUUCUCCUCUUCAAACUUUUCCUUCUAGAACGGAAGAUUCUGUUCAUCGCGCCGACUGGAUUGCGGUUAGGGGAGACCAUGCUGGCCAUCGUUUCCAUGUUUCCGAGUAAAACUCACGAUUUGUUCGCAUUAGAGCUAAAUUCUAAUUUUUCAGAACUUUUGGAAGAGGGCUUAUUCUACUCAAGUAUAAGUCUCAACCAGUCGCCUGAAAUACCAAAAAUGCCGCCGAUUGUUAAGAAACCCAAUGAAAUAGUGAUAGAAGAAGACGUCGGGGUGGUUCUCGCUCGAAACGAUCCUCUGAAAGAGAAGGAUUCGUGCGGAUUCCCGAUCAGUCUCUUCACUCAAGGCUCUUCUUUCGAUCCGUAUCUCUCCAUUCAAUCGAUCGAUUCCAUCUCCAAAGUUCGCAGUUGUAUUCUCGGAGCCACCAAUGCUCUUUUUGCGAUGAAAAAGGAUCUGUUCGACGUUAUUGUCAAGGUUGUCUCAAUUUGAUGCUCAGAAGUUUGUAAACUUUAUAAUUUUCAGAUAGAAGAUGACGGCUCACUCGUCCACAAUCACAUCGAGUUCGUCGGUGACGCCGCCCUCGAACGGAUAGUUUCAUUGACCUCUGCCGACCUUCGAUUCGCCGAUUUUGUACUCAAAAAAGUGGAAGAACAAGUGAAAUCGAGCACGGCAGAGUUCGACGGAAGCGACGAAUGGAUACGGCUGCAAAUGAAGAACUACCUGCUCGGAUUGGUGGCGACCUCCAGAUCGGACCUGCAGGCGGCGGUCCCCCACUUCGGAGUCGCAUUUGUGAAUGAAUGGCGGAGGACGAAGAACCAUAAAAUUUGGAUGGCCAGCAAGCAUGAGGAUUUGUCAUCCGUGCCACCGGGGUAUACUAGAAUUAAAAAAAAGAAAAGAAAAAAGUAUCUCCUCUUCAGGCACAUGUUUUCCGAGCAAAUGGGUGUGUACGAUGUGUACCUGAAGUUCGAGCAUGCUGUGAACGGAGUGGAAGGAGCGUCGAAAGUGUUCGGAACUGUGAAUACUGCUGGAAAGAAUCUGGGAACUAGCAUAGGUAACUAGAGGUUGUCUGCUUUCAGACUUUGAGAUAUUCCAGGAGAGACGGGCAGUCGAGUCAAAGCCAAAUUCACGAAUUGGUGGAAAGGGAAAGGCGCUCCUCCCGGACAAGAAGGUGUCGAGCAGGCCGAAGAAGCCUCCGAUUAA